GGUGGUUUAAAGAUGAGUGUUGUAUUAUUUUUUUUUUUUCAUUUCAACGUUCAACUUUUUAAGUCAUCCCCGGGUCAAUGAAGAACAAGGAGAAAUAAAGAAGCCCAGACGACAAACGCGUUCAACACUUUGAUCACUCGCACCACAUCAACCAUUUUUCUUUGUUUGUCUCCUCUUCUUUUUCCGGCCAUCAUUUAGCAAAAAACCCAACAAACAAAUGAAGAUUAAUACAGUACCCUUUUUCUGGGUCUUGUUGAUAUUCUUGAUUCCGUUGUUAUCAGGGGAAGUGGUGUCGAGCCAGUGCCUGGAGGACCAGAAGUCGUUGCUUCUGAUACUGAAAGCCAACUUGACGAAUCCUUCAUCCGAUAGUUCAUCAUCGUCUUCCAGGUUAGUGAAUUGGGAUUCUAGUACUGAUUGUUGCACUUGGGAUGGAGUCAAAUGUGAUAAAUCAGGUCAUGUCAUGAAGCUGAAACUUGAUGAUCAGACAUUUUCAGGCAGGAUAGAUAACUCGAGUGUUCUGUUUGAACUUCAGUACCUGGAGAGUUUGAAUUUGGCUUACAAUAACUUCUACUCUAUCAUUCCAAGUGGAUUGUACUACAAGCUCAGGAAUCUAACUUACCUGAAUUUGUCGAAUGCCGGCUUUUAUGGAGAAAUCAGUACUGAUCUGGGAUUGAUGAAGAGGUCCAAUCAGCACUUCCCUUUCACAACUCAGUUCAUUGUCAGUGUUCAAUCUUAACAACAACAAUCUAUCAGCUUCAGUUCCAGAUUUCUUCGCAAACUUCACGAAUUUGACAAUUUUAAGCCUCACCUCUUGUAGUCUGCAAGGACGUUUCCCACAGAAGAUCCUCCAGGUACCAACAUUGCAGCACAUAGCCUUGUCAUACAAUGAUUUGCUCACUGGAAUCAUCCCAGAACUUUCCAAGAAUGCAUCCUUCAGAACUCUUGUGCUUUGCUAUACUGCUUUCUCGGGUACUUUGCCAGAUUCCAUUGGUUUCCUGGGGAAUUUGUCGAUGAUAGAUUUGUCAAAUUGUAAUUUCAGUGGACCAAUUCCAUCCACAAUGGCAAAUCUCAAGGAACUGGUUUAUUUGGACUUUUCCGCUAACAAAUUCAAUGGUUCAAUCCCAUUAUUUCAGAUGUCCAAUAAACUCAAAUACAUCGAUCUUUCCCGGAAUUUUCUAACGGGCACCAUUCUUUCCACCCAUUUUGAAGGCCUCGCCGAGCUUUAUUUCAUUAAUUUAGGGUUCAACUCACUAGAAGGAAGCAUUCCCCCAUCCUUGUUUACCAUGCAAUCCUUGCAGAAACUUCAACUUUCAAACAAUAGAUUUGACGGUCAAAUAGCAGAAUUUCCCAACGCCUCUACACGCUCGUUAGGCGUACUUGAUCUGAGUGGUAAUCAACUCAAAGGCUCAAUACCAAAAUCUUUCUUUGAACUUAGAAGCCUCAAUGUCCUCUCACUUUCUUCCAAUGGUUUCAAUGGCACCUUGCAGCUUCAAAUGAUCAACGAGCUUCCCGACCUUACAAAA